UUUUCGCAGGCUCACAUGAAAUUUCCCCCCGAUUAUCCGUAUUCUCCUCCAUCAAUACGUUUUUUGACGAAAGUAUGGCAUCCGAAUGUAUAUGAGAAUGGUGACCUCUGCAUCUCCAUCCUACAUCCGCCGGUCGAUGAUCCGCAAAGCGGCGAACUACCUUGUGAAAGGUGGAACCCCACUCAAAACGUUAGAACCAUCCUGCUCUCCGUGAUCUCACUGCUCAACGAGCCAAACACCUUCUCUCCAGCUAAUGUAGAUGCCUCGGUCAUGUACCGGAGAUGGCGGGACUCGCAGGGCAAAGACAAUGAGUACCCCAAUAUAAUUAGGAAACAAGCCCAAGCCGCUAAGGCUGAGGCAGAAAAAGAAGGUAUCAUCGUACCUACCACAUUAGAAGAAUAUUGCAUCAAAUCCAAAACGAAACCUAGCAGUCAAGAACCCCAG